CUCUAACUGUUGUCUUUAAAUACUUGAUGGAUUGAUUGUGGACUACGCACUCUUUCUCCACCCAUGUCUAGGCUCCUCUUUGCUGGCUACAUAGCCUUACUGCUCCUGCUGCUAGUCCUCCAAACCUGCAACUGCGAGGAUAACAAUCUCUGUGCCCCUUCUUCAUGUGGCAAUCAUACUAUUAGCUACCCCUUGAGACUAAACAGUGAUCCAUCUAACUGUGGAAAUCAUAAUAUUAGCAGCCCCUUUAACUAUACCCUCUACUGCGAGAAAAAUAUCUCCACAGUAUUGUAUUUAGACUCACGAAAAUACUACGUGCAGGCAAUCAACUACAACAACUUGACAAUCCGAGUGGUUGAUGCUGGGGUUAAAGAAAAUGAUUGCUCUUCGCUUCCUGAUUUUUCUUUAGCAUUUGAUAGCCUAGGUAAUUCCAGAAGGGCAUAUACUAUUUUUACUUCAACAUAUACACGCUUUGAUCAUAUCAGAUUUCCAUAUACAUGGUUUCAAUACAGAAAGACAGGGCGGAAAUGGUUUCCCGAAUACAAGCCUCUUCCGUUAUCGCAGAUAAUGAUUUUCAUAAACUGCGCAAAUCCAGUGGAUUCUCCUCUGUACGUAGACACUGGCACUUGCCUUAAUGGAGCAAAAUAUUCCAAUGUUUCUCUCUCGAUGCGUUCUUAUGUGAAUGUUGGUGGCAUGAAGGCCUCGGAUUUGAUGGAAUUGUGCAGCUUAGAGAGGAUGACGUUGUUGCCAGUCAAGGAUUACAAGAGCAUGUCCUAUAAGGAAAUUCACAGUCAGCUGGCAUAUGGGUUUGAGCUUUCAUGGCACAAUAGCAUGUGUAGAGCAAGCUGUGCGAAUGGAUGCUACAUCGAUGAUUCGUACAAUACACACUGCAUAGACGGAUUUUCUUGGUUCUGGAUAACCGCAACCGUGCUGGUGUUUGCAUCCAUGUUCAUUGCACUACUUCAGGGGCCAAAAUUUAUCUUUGGGAGUCCGUUUGUGAUUGCAUUCUUGAUCUAUAAAUGGCGACGAAGACAUCUAUCAGCAUAUGACACAGUUGAGGAAUUCCUACAGACUCAUAACAAUCUUAUGCCAGUCGUAAGCUACUCUUAUUCAGAGAUUAAGAAGAUGACCGGAGGUUUCAAGGAAAAAUUGGGUGAAGGAGGUUUUGGUUGUGUGUACAAGGGAAAGCUUCGCAGUGGGCAUUCUGCAGCGAUAAAAUUGCUGGGCAAAUCCAAGGCUAAUGGACAAGAUUUCAUCAAUGAAGUCGCUACCAUUGGAAGGAUUCGCCACACCAAUGUAGUGCAACUAGUUGGUUUUUGUGCUGAGGGAUUAAAGCGCGCUCUUGUAUAUGAUUUCAUGCCCAAUGGAUCUCUCAAUAAUUUCAUUUUUUCUCAAGAAAGAUCUGUCUCUUUAAGCUGGGAAAAACUGCAUGAGAUUUCCCUUGGAGUGGCUCAUGGCAUCGAAUAUCUACAUCGAGGUUGUGAGAUGCAGAUCCUACAUUUUGACAUCAAGCCUCACAACAUUCUUCUCGAUGAAAACUUCGCUCCAAAAGUUUCUGACUUUGGGCUUGCUAUGUUGUGCCCAGCAAAUGAGACCGAGAAAUCUCUCACUGCAGCAGGGGGAACGAUAGGCUACAUGGCGCCAGAGCUGUUCUACAAGAACAUCGGGCGCGUCUCAUACAAAGCUGAUGUUUAUAGCUUUGGAAUGUGGCUAUUGGAAAUGGCAGGCAGAAGGAAGAACCUGAACGUAUUGACAGAGAAUUCAAGCCAAAAGUACUGGCCAGAUUGGGUUCAUGACCAAGUCUCUAAUGAGAAAGCUAUAGAGAUUGGAGAUGGUGGCACGGAAGAGGGAGAAAAGAUAGUCAAGAAGAUGAUUAUUGCAGGGUUGUGGUGUAUACAAAUGAACCCUCUGAAUCGCCCUGCAAUGAACGAAGUUGUGGAGAUGCUUGAAGGAGAUAUGGAAAGCCUGCAACUUCCUCCGAAACCUGUUCUAAAUCUAGAUGAGAAACCAAUGAGCACUUGUGGAGAGUCAUCUUCCAUGUCUGAUUAUUCUACUGAAUCAGUCAGCUUGAUUGAAAAUGCAUAUAAUUAAGUGAUCUUGUAUGAAAUAGUCUGCUCAUGUGCAGGGGAAGGCUUGUCCCAUCAAUGAUACUAGUUCUUUGAUAGUUAAUACCUUAUUUUCUGGUUGUGUAACUAGCUAAGAGAGUCCUAGUUGGCUUGUUUGGUUUGAACUGAUCCACGUUCUUAUCAGAUGAAAUUUUUAGAUCAAA